UUGCUUUUCUUAUAAUAAAUAAAACAUUAUGGAAGGAGAAGGAGAUCACGCCGAAGCUACAAGCAGAGCAUUCCCAUUAGCUGAAGAAGACAUGGUCAUCAAAGUUCAAGACCUCAUCAGGGAUAGUUCAAAGAAGGGAUUCCUCAAGAAAGGAGCUAACGAAGCAACAAAAGCACUCAAUAGAGGAAGCGCACAGAUUAUCGUCAUGGCAGCUGAUACUGAGCCACUUGAAAUCGUUCUGCACUUGCCAUUGCUAUGUGAAGAUAAAAAUGUUCCAUAUAUUUUUGUCUCAUCCCAGCAUGCUCUAGGAACUGCUUGCGGAGUAUCUAGGAAUAUUAUUGCUUGAGCUAUUGUUACCGAUGGACAAGAGUCUGAAUUACAAAGCCGUGUGAAUGAACUGAAAGAUGAAAUUGAACAACUCUUCUUGUAACCUUCAAUUAUUGCUCACAAAAUGUUUAAAAGUUGUGUUCCAUUGAUAAUUUUCA